UUCCUUCGGUUGGAGGCCAUGAUGGGAGCCUGAGAGUUCAGCUGGAGCGAGAAAAGAAGAUGAUUCACCGGGACGAAACUGUCAAAUCAGUUCGAGCGGAUUUAUGAGCGUUGUAUAGUCUAUAUACAUCUAAGGUGGAGCCUGUCACUUUUUUAAUUUUUUUUCUCAAAUGUGUUCUUGGCAAUCAGUCGAUGACAAUGUUGAAUCGUUAGGAGGUUUUUGGAUCGAAAAAGGAGGUAGCAUUAGCCACGCUAGCUGGCUACGUCUCAGUGACUGGAUACUGGUUUUGAGAGCCGGUGAGUUCUCUAACCUCAUCGCUCGGAAAACGGCGGAAAUCUUACGAGUUUUACCCGAGGAUAACUGCAUGUAUUUUAACCGGGAGCGUUUGCACGACGAAUCGCAGGAUUGGGAAAGUCGGGCCUGCGCCGAGGAACGGAGCAAGGCCCGUCUUUAUGAUCCAGAGGAAGCCUUUCUAAUCCCACCGACAGCCACUGCUCUGUGCGAGGACCCGCAAAACACGGCAGUCAGCUACCGAGAGGACUGAAUAAACUUUCACCUCCCCCUUCCCCACAUAAACUCAUCUUGUAUCACCUGCUACGAUGGCUGCGAUUAUAAAAGAAAUGGUCAGUCGGAACAAAAGGAGAUACCAGGAGGACGGUUUCGACUUGGACUUAACGUAUAUCUAUCCAAACAUCAUCGCUAUGGGCUUUCCAGCAGAGAGACUUGAAGGCGUGUACAGAAACAAUAUAGAUGAUGUAGUACGGUUUUUGGAUUCCAAGCAUAAAAACCAUUACAAAAUCUACAACCUCUGCGCAGAAAGACACUACGAUGCUGCCAAAUUUAACUGCAGAGUUGCACAGUACCCCUUUGAAGACCACAACCCCCCUCAGCUGGAGCUGAUUAAACCGUUCUGCGAAGACCUGGACCAGUGGCUCAGCGAGGACGACAAUCACGUGGCAGCCAUCCAUUGCAAGGCCGGAAAGGGCCGCACCGGAGUCAUGAUCUGCGCCUAUCUCCUCCAUCGGGGCAAGUUCACAGACGCCCAAGAUGCCCUCGACUUCUACGGUGAAGUCAGGACACGGGACAGGAAGGGGGUCACCAUCCCGAGCCAGCGAAGAUACGUCUACUAUUACAACUACCUGCUAAAGAACCAGCUGGAGUACAAACCGGUGGCGCUGCUGUUCCACAAGAUGGUCUUUGAGACCCUCCCCAUGUUCAGCGGGGGCACCUGCAGGGACAGUACCGUUAAAAACAGGAGCGAGCCGACCCCUCAGGGCUUCAAGAAAGGGAAUUGGCAUUGGGAUCCCCAGUUUGUCGUAUACCAACUCAAGGUCAAGAUCCACACGUCCAACCCAGCUCACACCAGAAGGGAGGACAAGCACAUGAUCUUUGAGUUCCCCCAGCCGCUGCCCGUUUGUGGAGACAUCAAGGUGGAGUUCUUCCACAAGCAGAAUAAAAUGAUGAAAAAGGACAAAAUGUUCCACUUCUGGGUGAACACGUUCUUCAUUCCUGGACCAGAUGAGAGUGGGGAAAAGAUGGAGAACGGGGCGGUGAACAAUACGGAGAGCCAGCAGGGAGGACCGGGUCAGGGCCAGCAGCAGAACGCAGAGAGCAGGGACGGCUGCAGGGAAGGGGACAAAGACUACCUCAUCCUGACGCUCACCAAGAACGACUUGGACAAGGCGAAUAAAGAUAAAGCCAAUCGCUACUUCUCUCCAAACUUCAAAGUGAAGUUGUAUUUUACAAAAACCGUGGAGGAGCCUUCUAAUUCCGAGGCUAGCACUUCGACGUCCGUCACCCCAGACGUUAGCGACAAUGAGCCAGACCAUUACAGAUACUCUGACACCACUGACUCUGAUCCGGAAAAUGAACCUUUUGAUGAAGAGCACCACACGCAAAUCACAAAAGUGUGAACUCUUUUUAAAGCAGGAAAAGAAGAAAUCAUACACCUGAAUUUAAAAACAAAAAAAAAAAAAGGAGAAAACUUGAAUAUAAACUCAAAA